AUGCAAUCAGAUCAUUUAAGAAAGGGACAAGAUGUAAAUGUGAUACAAAGUUUAGUAGCAGGAUCAGUAUCUGGACUAAUGUCUAGGAUAGUUACAGCUCCAUUAGACACUAUUAAAAUAAGGUUGCAGACCACUCCGACACGUUAUAUUAAACAGACCCCAUCAUUUACUACCCUUUCUUCAAACAGUAAUUUGAGGUUAAUUAUUAGAGAAAUGUUAGUUAAAGAAGGUAUGAGAUCGUUUUGGAAAGGGAACACGCCUGGAUCGUUAAUGUAUGUGGUGUAUGGGGCCACGCAGUUCAGUACAUACUCCGUAUUCAAUAGUUUGUUAGCACCGAGGCUGAAUCUGCCGAAUGAAUUGCAUAGUUUGAUUGCAGGGAUGGUGAGUGGAAUAACAUGUUCAUUUGUUUCAUAUCCAUUCGACACAUUAAGGACGAGGUUUGUUGCUAACAAGGACAAGAAACUUUUCAAUUUGAAAGAUUCAUGCAAGGAUAUAUGGGUCCAUGAAGGUGUGAGGGGAUUUUACAACGGAUGCUUGACAUCAAUGGUUACUUUCACGUUGGCUAGUGGCAUAAUGUUUAGUACAUACGAAAGUAUAAAAGUGUAUAGUGAAAAUAGGUUGAGUAAUAAUAAUAAUAGGAAUAGUAAUAGUAAUAGUGGUGGUGAUGGUAGUGACGAUGAUGACAGGACGAGGUUGAAUCGAGUAUUGAGUUCCAGUGCCAGUACGAUCAGUGCAGUAGCAUCUAAGAUUAUGACUUUCCCCAUUGAUACGGUUAGACGUAGAAUUCAGUUACAAGAUUCUAUUCAUUUGAACAAAUUUUUCAAAACGGACCAAGAUUUGAAGAUAUAUAGAGAGUAUCGGUGUUUGAAGAAAAGCAACACAAGGGGAUCGAAUUUCAUCAAAAUAUCGGUAUUGAUGGUCAAAAACGAAGGCAUUCGAUCUCUAUACAAAGGACUGAUGAUUGGGUUGUGCAAAUCUGUACCAGCCACUGUUGUUAGUCUCUGGACAUACGAAAGAGUGAUGAAUCUCGAAGAAUUGAUAAGUAAACAGAUGUAA